UAUCAUAUCGACGAUGUCAGAUGCAUAAAACCUAAUAUAGAAGGAAAUAUGUAAACUGUCAAGUAGUUAUAUGAUUUAUAAAUCACAUUUAGUAGGCUAUAUAUAAGUAUGUCAUAACACCGGCUAGCAAAGAACCAUCACGAGACCCAACCUUAACGUUUCUGAAUCACUUCUCGGAUCGAUCAUUCUGAUUGUGAUAAAACAAGAGAUUUGCUGGUAAUCUCAUCCCUGAACAAUAGCGUUUUCCCACAAUUAAAGUAGGGUUUGAGACGCUUGUUUAUAUGUAAGGACUGGUUUUAUAAGUUAUAAUGGAAGAGGUAACCAAUACAGAAGAUGGGUCACCAAAUGCUGACACAAACACUGAAGGCAAUGAUGAGAUGAACAGUGCCAACAGUGGAGAACAUACAACUGACAAUGUAACACUUCUUCCAGAGACACGCAUAAGAGUCCCAAAGAGAAAGAUAAUUGUAGAGCCAGUUUUAAUAUUAUACGCAUGUGGUGCAAUGGCCAUUUUGGGAACCAUAUCGCAAUAUUGGUAUCAACGAUUUGCUGAGGAUAACCAUUUUGUAUACAAUCCAAAGACAGGUAGUACCCAUUGUGACGUUACGAAUGCAUCUGAUCCAGACUUUAUAAAACAGCAGAACAUCCAAGCUGAGACAGCUAGGUGGACAUUGUACUAUGCCCUGGUCUGGACCACGCCCGGGUUCGUUACGACGAUGGUAUAUGGUGCUUAUAGUGACAGAUACGGGCGGAAGCUCGGACUGUUGACUCCUGUCAUAUCAACCGUAUUAGGAGAAACAGUUAUGUUUCCCAAACGAACAGUUCAAAUGUCAGGUGUCUUGAAGGAUGCAUUAGACACAUUUACAAAGGAUCCUUUGAAUAAGGGCUCCAAAUGGAAGUUACUCAAUUUGUUAUUUGUCUUUCUAUUCUUCGGCCUGGUUGCUGUUGGAGGAUUAAGUGUGUAUGGACUGAGAGUAUUAGAUGCUCCUUUAUGUUUCAACGCUUCACUAUCCGGAAUUUACACUGGGGUUGGAAUAGGAUUAAAGCUAGUUGCGUCAAUAUUUCUCUUGAAGGUUUUGCAGAUAUGGUUCUCAGACUAUCAGAUGAUCAUCAUAGCGAUUGUGUCUGAUAUAGGGAAUGCACUGUUGUUCGCUUUUGCCUCGAACGUCUAUAUGGUAUUUGGAGCUACAGUAAUCGGCAUAUUUGGUGGAUUGGUAAUACCUUUGCUGAGAUCGAUGAUGUCAAAAAUUGUUGAGCCACACCAGAUAGGUUCUCUAUUCGCUGCAAUUGGCUGUGUUGAAACACUGUGUUCACUAAUGGGGCAAUCACUGUUCAAACUUAUAUAUUCCAACACAAUAAAGAUAUUUGCUGGUCUUACAUUCCUCGUGAUGGCGGCAACGUCGGGUAUUGCCCUCUGUCUAAUUAUUACGUACGGCAUACGAAUGAAACUCAAGAAGAGACAGGGGUUGUCUUCUGCGACCAUCCACUAACGUUAACGUCAACGUACCUGGACCACGUCUAAAUUACCGAUUUUGAUUAGCUGAUUUGUUUGAAAUAAACUGUGAUUAUUCUUAUAUACUAGACCUUAUAUAAAUGAUUUACGAUUAUAUAUAUUUGAAGAAUAUAUGUUUUAUUUGAUAUAAACGUCUUUGCUUUUUACAUUUCGAGAUUUUUACAUGUUAAAGUAUAUUAAACCUAUUGAAUUCUAUGCCAUCUAUUGACAGUCCUGGAGGCCAUGAUAGGUGUGGCCAAG